GAGAGGUUACGUUUAAGCUCCGGGAGGCACAACAAACAUGGCGGCGGCGGCAGCAGCAGCGGCGGCGGCGACGACGAGAGUUCGAGGCCCGGGUGACUGCAAAGGGCAGCGGCGGAUGAUUGUAGAGGCAUUAAUGAGAAAAAUGUAUUUCCAAGUAUGAUGGAACAUAAAUCUCAGAAGUGGAUUUUUGCCUCUGUCAGUGAUUUGAAGCUGAUUUGGACUAAAGUAAUUAAGGAAAAGUGGGACACCUCUGCUUUAUAUCUCGUAAGAAAUCUUGUAAGGUUUGCAGAAUUGACAAUGUUUUCAACAUAACAAAUUCAGGUUUGCAACAUCGUGAAUUUGUAGUGUGACUAUGGGCGAAAAGAAACCAGAACCUUUGGAUUUUGUAAAAGAUUUUCAGGAAUACCUAACUCAACAGACUCACCAUGUGAAUAUGAUUUCAGGCUCUGUUAGUGGAGACAAAGAUGCAGAGACUCUUCAAGGAGCAGGGACCGAAGGUGAUCAAAAUGGAUUAGAUCAUCCUUCCGUCGAAGUUCCACUGGAUGAAAACUCAGGAGUGUUGGUAGAUGGUUUUGAAAGAACUUUCGAUGGCAAAUUAAAAUGCCGAUAUUGUAACUAUGCCAGCAAAGGAACAGCACGACUCAUAGAACAUAUUAGAAUUCACACAGGUGAAAAACCACAUAGAUGUCACCUAUGUCCCUUUGCGUCAGCCUAUGAACGUCACCUGGAAGCUCAUAUGCGGUCUCAUACUGGUGAAAAACCUUACAAAUGUGAAUUGUGUUCCUUCCGCUGUAGUGACAGAAGCAACUUGUCUCACCACCGGAGACGCAAACAUAAAAUGGUGCCAAUAAAGGGUACAAGGCCUUCGCUUAGUAGCAAGAAGAUGUGGGGUGUUUUGCAAAAGAAGACCAGUAACUUGGGCUAUAGCCGAAGAGCACUCAUUAACUUAAGUCCACCUUCGAUGGUGGUUCAGAAGCCAGACUAUCUUAAUGAUUUCACUCAUGAAAUUCCAAAUAUUCAGGCUGAAGCAUACGAAAGUAUAACAAAGCCAACAGAGACUAGUGGAUUGCCGAGAGAUUCACAAGACCUUAUGAUAGAUAACCCUUUAAACCAGCUAUCUACUUUAGCAGGACAGUUGUCUAGUCUCCCUCCUGAAAACCAAAACCCACCAUCUCCUGAUGUUGUACCGUGUCAAGAUGAAAAGCCUUUUAUGAUGCAGCAACCUGCUGCAGCAACUUCUGUUCCAGCUGUCACAACCAGUAUUCCCCAGAACUCAUCCCCUACAAGUCCAGAUCCUCGUCCUGUACAUUCGCAAAGGAAUUACAGCCCGGUGGCUGGGCCAAGUAGUGACCACAGUGCGCAGGCCAGCACCCCAAGUAUCAGUAACAGUCAACCCAGCACUCCAGCACCAACUCUUCCGGCUCAGGAUCCUCAGCUUCUGCAUCACUGCCAGCACUGUGACAUGUAUUUUGCUGACAAUAUCCUGUACACUAUUCAUAUGGGAUGCCAUGGAUUUGAGAACCCUUUCCAAUGCAACAUUUGUGGUUGCAAAUGUAGAAACAAGUAUGACUUUGCUUGCCAUUUUGCCAGAGGCCAACAUAGCCAGCAUUGACUGAUUUUUUU